AUGAGAAAUCAAAGAUAUCCAUAUAGAAAAACUACUCCUGAUAUGCGAGAAAAAAUUGUUGACAUGGUUAACAACCAAUGUAUUCUAAUAGUUAAAGUUUCUCAUCUUUUUCAUCUUGCACCCUCAACAAUUCAAAGUAUUGUAAAAAUAUUCAAUGAGGAUGAUAGGAUAGUUCUUAAGCCACGAGGUGGCAAUAAGAGAUUGCUUUUAAAUGAUAUGCAUAGAUUCUUUUUAAAAGAACUAAUGGAAAUAAACCCAACCAUUACUAUUAAUGAAUUACAUCAGAAUCUUAUUGAAAGGUUUCCCGAUCUAGAAGUAAGCAGAUUAAUAGUCACACGCAAUAUUGUCAAACUAGGAUUUACAUUAAAGAAGCUAGUACCUGUUGUUGUGAAGCGGAACCAAGAUACUACUAUUGUUCAAUGGAAAGAGGUGCAUGCCCAGAGAAAACCGGCUGUUAAAGAAGAAGCCACUCAACGUGGAAAAAAUAUUACAAUAAUUGCUGCAAUGA